AUGCACGUCGGCACCAACGGCUCGCACCCCAACGGCCGCGGCAGCGAACUCAUCACCCUAGCGCUGGACAUCUUCGCGCGGCGGGUCGUCAGCAAAAGCAUGUCCCAGCUCACCGCCAACAUGGGCCGCACCUGGCGGUACAUGGUGUCCGACUCGCAGUACCGGUGGAUCGGGCCCGAGAAGUCGGUGACGCACCUCGCGGUGGCCGGGGUGCUCAACGCGGUGUGGGAUCUGUGGGGCAAGAUCGCGCGCAAGCCGGUGUGGCGGAUCGUGGCGGACAUGAGUCCCGCCGAGGUGGUGCGGUGUAUCGAUUUCCGGUAUAUCACGGACGUGGUGACGCCGGAGGAGGCGCAGGCCAUGUUGGAGAAGACGCAGGCGGGGAAGGAGGAGCGGAUUCAGGAGGCGCUGGCGAAUACGGCGGUGCCGGCGUACACGACGAGUCCGGGGUGGUUGGCGUUUAGUGGGGAUCGGAUGAAGGAGGUGCUGGCGGAGACGAUUGCGCAGGGGUUUACGGUGUUUAAGUUCAAGGUGGGAACCAGUGUGGAGGCGGAUCGGGAGCGGUUGAAGGCGGUGCGGGAUGUGCUGGGGUAUGAUAAGGGCUAUCAGAUCAUGAUUGAUGCGAACCAGGUCUGGAGCGUGCCCGAGGCGAUCGAGUACAUGAAGCAGCUGGUCGAGUUCAAGCCUGUCUUCAUCGAGGGUUCAGCCCACAAACCCCGACGACGUCCUCGGCCACGCGGCCAUCCGCAAGGCUCUCAAACCCUCCUGCAGGCCGAGGCGACCGACGUGGCGCAGAUCGAUGCCGUCCGGCUCGGCAGCGUCAACGAAUGCCUUGCCGUGAUGCUGAUGGCGCUCAAGUUCAACGUGCCCUGCGUGCCGCACAACGGCGCCAUGGGCCUGACCGAGCUGACCUCCCACCUCAGCCUGAUCGACUACGUGGUCGUCAGCGGCAAGCGGUCCAUGCUCGAGUUCGCCGACAGCCACCGCGAGAGCCUGCGGCACCCGUCCAAGAUCGUUGACGCCCACUACGUCACCCCGAUCGAGCCCGGGUACAGCAUUGGGUACACCGAGGAGGCGCUCGAGAAGUACACGUACCCGAACGGCAGCUUCUGGCGGAGUGAUAUCGGGCAGAAGAUUAUUGCGCAGCCGACGGGCGGAGAGUUGUAG